AUGACAGACAGCUACAUGGGUAGCAGUUGCCGAAGCAGCAUCCAGAGCUCCGACUUCCAGAGCAGUGCAGCGUCGCCCGCAUCAGCACACAAUGGGCUCUUGUCUAUGUCAUCGAUCAAUGGAAUUGUGACUGACCGCGAGUUAUUCGCCACAGCAGCAAGUGUUGUGCCCAAGCUCCGAGCAGUUCUGGAGCACCGCAAGGAUAGCUGUCGCACUAGCAGCAUGUGGCGAAUGACAUCGUCGGACAGGCAUCAAUCGCCAUGUUGGGUUGUCAAGAAGCAGCAGCACGGUGCAGAGAUCAGCGAGUUUGAUCGAUCCAAACUCCCAUCGAUAAGAAGCAUUGACAGCACUAAUUGGGCCCACGGUUCGGCAAGAGCUUCUGAUAACCGUCACUCGAUGAUUGAGUCUCGUGGAUCACUUCACACACGCAAUGCUUUUCUGGGAGAGCAUACUCAGUCUACGGUGCAGGCAAGAGAGCUGCUUCAAUGGCCACGCAACGAUCCAAAUGUCACCUACGCUGUAUCAGCACAAGUCACACUGAACUGCCGCUUGGAAGAGGCAAUGACCAUGUUGUUCAGCCGCGAGAAGGGGCAGUUUGACGCCAGCAUGAAUGCCCUCUUUGGUGUUAAGAAGUACAGGAGGGGUGAUCUGCUGGUCUCGCGUGAGUUCCGCAAGAGCCUGCACACUGUUCUAGCAAUGGACUACGGGGACGGUAAUGCACCUUGCUGUGAAGAUGAAGACCUGAGCGAUCUCUCUCAGCCCGGAUGGGUGGCGCUGCAAUCUGUGGUCCUACGUUCCCGUCGGUCACUUAACCCCAUGGCAGCGGCCAAACAUACCAGUCGCCGCCAGAGGCUUUGCUUCGCUGUGUAUUCGCAACACUGCUCCGAUACGAACGAAGCAUUUUACACCAUGAAGACCUUGCCCAAGCCGACACAUGAUAAGUUCACGUGCCACAGAGUCAAGCAUACCGAAAAACAAGCGAUUCGAGGCGACAAGGAUCAUAUUGCCGCUGGGUAUCAUCUUGCGAGCUCAUAUAGCGACUUGAAUGGACACCAAACGAAAAUCGUCAUGACUGCAUAUGUCUGCAACCCGCCAGCACCAACGACGACUGGUGUCCGUCAAAAGUUCUCAAGACUAUGGCCAACAGGUCAGCCUAUUGCUGGCGUAGUUUCUUCUCGUCGACAUUACUCGCCUACGCUAGCGAAUGCUGAGGCAAAAUAUGUAGUAAACCUUCUAGCGGCUGCAACUACGUCGUUUGAACAGCUCGUACGUCGUCGGCGUUUUGGUAACCAUCCGUUCCUGCGAACGCCAACAAACGGCGACGAAGCGCAUAACGAUAUGUGUACGGUGUGUUUCAAGGCUUUUGGAUUGCUACGCUCCCAACGAUUCUGCCAGCUGUGUGCACAGCGUGUUUGCCGUGAAUGCUCGCGAAAAGUUGACGUGGAGUCGAUAGCACACAGAGUGCGCCGCAAUCGAAUUUGUUUUGCGUGUGUGGCCAACGUUGAUGCCAGCGUGUUUCAGCGGGAAAACCCGCUUUUGAACGCAUCGCUUUCUGAGAAUUCCACUGCAGCAACGGCAGCGACCAGACAUAAUCCAGACGACCAACACGAUGAAGCUGAUGGUGUUGCUAGUGCAGAAAUAUCCACGACCUUUUACGAUAUCUUGCUCAAGCACGGCGACGAAGGUCGCAAAACUCAAUUGUCUAGCAUGGUUGAUGCAGCAGGAACAUCGCAGGCUACAUAUGAGGCACAAAUGAACCGACUAAAUCGCAGCAGCAGUGCAACCACGACUUCGGCAUCGUUUUCGUCGACACCUGGACGGCAAUUGGCCGACGCUCUAUUUUCCAGUAACCCUUUAACUCGGGCCCGUGCGCUCGAGGUCGUACGCAAAGUGGUGAAGCAAGUGACAUCUGAUUCGCCGCCGACUCACGCAACUUCUACGUCAUCGUCGUCUUCAUCAUCACAGGCAUCAAUUCCAGUAUUCCAUCCGCAUUACCCAAAUAGAAGAAUGCUGGAUAAGUAUUUAGAGGCACGUCUGCAUCUGUCCAACAUCUCAAUUUGCGGUGCUGCUUCUACAGAAAGCAGUAAUAAUAGCCAGCGCAAUCGAUCAGGUUCGCUUUACAGUAUCCAAGACGUGACACACCGUCCACGACGCAGUACAAGUGACCAGUACUUCUCUUCCUCGAUCAAAUUUAACAUGCACGCAAGACCAUCAUUUGCAUCUCGUCCAUGGAUAACAACUACAAACAUGGAGUUAGAAUUGGAUUUGGAUGAUGAAAUAGACUCAGCAGCUCUCGACUCAAUCUGUGAGGUAGCUGCUAUUCGGAUGCAGUGCUCAAUUGCGUAUAUCGUGGCACUCAACAGAAGUCACAGUAGUUCUCAAGCUCAACGCGUUGUGGGAUCUUUUGGUAUUCCUUCUCCAUGGACAGAAGAAAUGACAAUGUGUCCAGUAUCAUUAUUGACAAACAGCAAGCCAUUCGUGAUCAAGCAUCCGCUGCGUGACCCGCAAUUGCGUCAUCUGCGACUUGUGCGCGACAUUGGUGUGCGAUAUUUUGCUGGCUUCCCCAUUGAAUCACCCGAUGGUAUCAUUGUUGCUUGUAUGUGCACAAUUGACACGAAAACUCGAGAGAAUAUUUCAAUUGAGGAUCUCAAAGCAAUGCAUGCAUUGUCUAAGCUCGCGUCUGAUCUAUUUGAAGAGGAAGUGAACCCAUAUACACCUCGAGGGUUUCAUGCCUGA